GGGGGAAUCUCUUAUAUUUCAAUCCCCCUCCCUCUCCCUCUCUCUUCUCUUCUCCACUCCCCUCGCUGAAACCCUAGGAAUCGUGAAGGAAACCGAUCAAAAAUCGAAGAAAUCGACCGACGAUGAGCGACUUCUUGGGGUCCGUUCGCAGAUCCCUCGUCUUCCGACCGUACCCCAACAACCCCGACGACGCUUCUUCGAGCGGGAGAAUCACUGAUAAGAUCGGAUCCUGUCUCAGGAAAUCUCGGGUCGGGAUCGGUUUAGGGUUUGGGUUUCUUCCCAAACUCUCAUCGCCUCCUCCUCCUCAGCCCAUCGUUGAAGACGACGCCCCUCCGAUUCGAUGGCGGAAGGGGGAACUGAUCGGCUGCGGUGCUUUCGGCCAUGUUUAUAUGGGCAUGAACUUAGAUUCUGGGGAGCUUCUUGCUGUCAAACAGGUGUUGAUCGGGGUGAACAGUGCGUCGAAAGAGAAAGCCCAAGCUCAUAUAAGAGAAUUGGAGGAGGAAGUUAAACUCCUAAAGAACCUCUCUCAUCGGAAUAUAGUUAGAUAUUUGGGGACUGCAAGAGAAGAGGGCACCUUGAACAUAUUGCUCGAAUUUGUUCCGGGUGGAUCGAUCUCAUCAUUGCUCGGCAAAUUCGGCUCCUUUCCCGAGGCUGUUAUAAGAAUGUACACUAAACAGCUGUUGCAGGGCCUUGAAUAUCUUCAUCUCAAUAAAAUUAUACACAGGGACAUAAAGGGGGCAAACAUUCUUGUUGAUAACAAAGGUUGCAUUAAACUUGCAGACUUUGGUGCAUCCAAACAAGUUGCUAAGCUGGCAACCAUGAAUGCAGCCAAAUCGAUGAAAGGCACUCCAUAUUGGAUGGCGCCAGAAGUAAUUGUUCAGAGCGGACAUAGCUUCUCUGCGGACAUAUGGAGUGUUGGUUGUACUGUUAUAGAGAUGGCAACUGGAAAACCACCUUGGAGUCAGCAAUACCAAGAGGUUGCAGCCUUAUUCCAUGUUGGGACAACAAAGUCGCAUCCCCCCAUUCCUGAGCAUCUCUCAUCAAAAGCAAAGGACUUUCUUUUAAAAUGCUUGCAAGAGGAACCCAAUUUGAGGCCUACAGCAUCCGAGUUGUUGCAGCAUCCAUUUGUUUCAGGAGAAUAUCAAGAUAAACAUUCAGAAGCCUCCACAAGCAUGAUUCAAACAACUAAAUCUCAUACGAGCAGCAACCUCCGUCCAAUGAAUAGGGCCUCAUCUACUAAUAGAGACUCCAGGAAUGGCGAUCAUGGUAGUGAGACUUGCUCAGUUUCGUUGACUGAGAAGCUGGUAAGAACCAGGUCUAUGUGGGAGAGUACUACUAGUGAUGACAUGUGUCGGAUUGAUGAUGAUAAAGAUGAUUUCCCUGUGGUUGGAUCGAGUUUUAAUCCAAUGUCAGAGCCCUUUGAUGACUGGUCUUGUAAGUUUGAUAUGAGUCCAGAACAGCCAAUGGACCUCGAUAAGUUGGGUGAAUCAGUCAAUGGUACUAUAGACAAUGCAGGAGAAGUGGAAAAUGACUUCACAUUCCCCUGUGACGCUAUUUGUGAGCAUGAUGAUGAAGUUACAGAAACAAAAAUCAGGGCUUUUCUGGAUGAAAAGGCUCUUGAUCUAAAGAAGCUGCAGACACCACUAUAUGAGGAGUUUUUGAACACUUCAAAUGCCUCAAAUGAUUCUCCAGGUCUUGAGAAGAUAUGCAGGGAAAGUGUUGUGCAUAAUGCAAAAUUGCCACCUAAGAGCAAGCCAUCUCCCAGCAAGAUAGUUAGUGGGACUCAAGCUGCCUUGAAUGUGGAAAACAGUAAUAAAAAACUAAGCCCUAGGAGGUCCAGCAGGCGAUUCUCAUUUGCUGAAGUGGACAACAACAGUCAUAUCCUAAAGGAAAUACAGUCUCCUCGGCACAAUGAGUGGGGAGAACCUCUCCUAGAGACUCAACAAGAACCAUACAACAGCCCAAGUGCUUCUGACAGGCAUAGGAAGUGGAAAGAAGAGCUGGAUCGGGAGCUUGAAAUGAUGCGGCAGGCAGGUGUCGUCGGCAAAGCUUCAUCUCCAAAGGACAGUAGAGGCUUGAGUCGAAAGAGAGACCGUUGGAGGUUAAUGUCCCCAGGCAAAUGAGGCAAAUGCUUUGUAUAAAUCAUCAUUAUCUUAUUAUCGAUACCCCAUCACCGAUCAAGGAAAAGCUGCAACUCAUGCGGGUUAGGUAGAUCCAUCACUGCCUUAAAUCACAGUCGGAUGACCUUUUGAUCUGAAUUUGGCUGGUUAUUGACGCAACUGAGGGAAAGUUUUGUGUGAAAUACUUAUGCUC